AUGGGUAACUAUGACUUAAUGCUCUGGGUUUCUGUUUUAUAAGUCCCAUCUUCCUGAAAGCAGGAUUUGUGUCUUAAAAGCUGCAUUCUUUGCCCAGUCCAGUGUUACUCAUGUUAAGUCAUUCAUCAAUAUAGCAAUAAGUCAAUUUAAACAGAGAGGAGGCGGGGGGGGGGGGGGCUUCCCAUGAAUUAAAUAUGAACUUCCUUUGUCUCACAGCAUCCUGGACAAAACAAUCACAGACAUUUCCAUUCAUCCCCUUGGGAGUGUGACGUCUCCAACGUAACGUGAUUGCUCUUUUUGAAGCGGAAAAGUGGUCCUGUGUAUAUAAACCCUAUAAGAUGAGGCUGCUUGAAAGGCUGCACAGAGUGCACUGAAGGGGGAGAGAGGCAUUCGCCCAGGAAGGAGAGCUGCUGAAACUUCAGACCGGCAGUUAGAGGGAGCAGAAACUGACAGGCACUUUCCUUGGCACAUUCCUGCUCAGCACCUGAGGAAGAAACUUGUGGAUCAGCCAAGGAGCUGCCGAGGGAAUUCAGCACUUCGGAAAGCUCCUCGUGUCACCUGCCUUUGAGGUUCCUCUUCCGGCUUUGUAAGUAAAAGUUUUAGGAGUUUCCCUUUGUGGUGCUGGUAGAUUUCAGUUCAGAGAAAUACCAAACUAAUGUUUGUUUGUGGCAAAAGAAAUACGGCUAAAAAGUUUCUGUGCACAGACUGGAACCAAAUCUGCUGGAGAGAUAAUUCUUCUUUUGAUGCCUUUACUGAUUAAUCUCCCAGAUAACUGAAGUUGUUUCCUUUGGCCUCAGGAAAAAUAAUCAGUAUUUCAGAUCCGCUCCUGCUUUUGAUCUUACUUCCGGCUGUUAUGCUUAUGGGAGUCCCUGCUACUACUCUUUUUCUAUUUUAUUAUCAUAAUUUUGUUUCUCUUUCUGCUUCUUCUUUUCCCAUAUCCAGAUUUCUAGAGUGUGAAUUGUGUUGCACAUGACCUUUCCUCUGAAAUUGUCCACUUCAAUUUCACUGGCAUUUCACAUGGAUUUUAUUCUUAGCAACAUUCUUGGUAUCUGAUGGAGGGAAUGCGGCUCCCCCCUGCCACACGGGGGGGGGGGGCUUUUGUGUGCAGUUGCUACUGUAAAACAAUGAAAAGAGAUGCCUUUGCAUGAGAAUGAAUGAAUUAUCGUUACAGCCAUGUGAAAUCCCUUUCCAGCUCAUUAGUGCCUUGUCUCUAGUUCCAAAGCCCUUAAAGUGGAAGUUCUGGACCUGUUCCCAGUGAAUUUCAAUGGUUUCGCCGAGUAACUGCUACUGGGUUGCAAACAGCAUUUAUUUACUAUCAUGAUUCAAAGCUGUAAAGAGGAACUGCACUUUUUGUCUUCAGCUGCGGUCCUGCGCACAGUUAUCUGGCAGUGAGCAAAGUGGGACUCACUUCUGAGUAAACAUGCCUGCUCUGUACAUUUCAUAAAUAGUAUGAUUUUAUAUGCUGAAUUAUAUACAUGGUGCAUUUUCAGUUGUUAAAGCAGUAAGUCAGGUGGCAGAAAUAUCAAAGUUAUAUGGUCAUAUUUUAAUACCAGACACAGGAAAAUCACUAUGAAAAUCAAAGUGAUUUAAAUUAACAUUUUGACCCCAAUAUACUAUUAACAAGGUGAUUUCUUCUGUCAGUCUGUGUACCUAUCUCCUUCUCUCUCUGCCGGCUUGCAUGUCAACCCUCUGACCUUUUUUUUAAGUUAAGCUUCGCCUAAAGCUUCUAGGGAACUUAUACUGUGUAUCUCACCAAAAUAAGCACUUUUAAUGCAUGAAGAAGUUGAUCUGUCAAGGCAGCAAAGAAUCAUAGAACUGUAGACCUAGAUGGUCAUCUAGUCCAACCCCCUGCAAUGAAUGGUUGUUGUGAUUCAUCUUCUCAUUCAUACCAGAAUCAUCCAUGCCUUUGCUACCAACUGCACAUUACUUAUCUCACAAGGAAUCUGUCAUAAGAAACUUAUUUGCCUCUCUCAAACUUCUUGUUGAAGGACAAUGCCUUAACACCAGGAAUCCAAAUGAUUUUGCCCAAUUAAUAGUAUUUUAAAUUAGUAUAAUUUUUUAAUAUUUUGAAAUGUGCCCUACAGUGGUCUUCCUUUGCCUAUUCAGAAUUACCAAUUUCAUGUUUAUUAGGCCACCCUUUGCCGUGUCUUUUUGUUUAUGCAAAAUUUGGGCAUUGACAACAAGAGGUUAACAUUUUUUAAAAUUAUCUUUGUCCAGGCAGGUCCACAGAGAUGGAACAUGGAAGUGGCCCCCAGCUUCUCCUCUCCUUUGCUCUCCUCUAUGUCCUCUGCACUCAAGCACUUGCUUUGCCUCCUCUGGGAACAUACUCCGCUAUGAGGUAAGGGCUGCUCCAGCUAAGCCUACCUAGAGAACAGCAUGAUUUGCAAAUUCAGCAGGAGAUGCAGAUGUCACAAAACUGUAACAAAAAAAACCAACCCUCCAGUUUGAAAUGCUCUAAUGCUGCCUACCUUGCAAUGGCCAAGCUGAAUGUGCUUAGGAAAAUUUGCAAAAUCAUUUUACUUGGACUAGCCAAAAGGGAACUGAGCAUUUUUUUGAAAACUUAACUUUGGGCAUAGCUUGACUGGAUAUUUCAUGUAUGCUUUUACGCCUUUUGUUACUGGCUCUCACUGUUUCAUACGUAAGAGGCUAGAAAUAGCUAACUAGUUCAAUACGAAUGGACAGGAAGAAAUGAGGACAUAUUUACUUGGCAGUAACUUUGAUAGAUGUUAGUCCAAAAUGUUCAUCAAAUUAUUCAGUUCAGUGCCCUUGAAAAAUCAUUGAGAUUCCUUGCAUGCAAUGGAAGUGUAUCUGCAACCUUGCAAUACCUAGCCAAAGAGUGAAAAUACGAUGGCUCUCUUUACCAUUUGCUUUAUCUGUUUUACUUCCAUGCCAUCCUUUUAUCACAGCCUUCUCCAACAUAGAGCUCUCCAGAUGUUCUUGAACUACAGCUCCCAUCCUCCCUGACCACUGGCCAUGCCGGCUGGGGCUGAUGGAGUCUGAAACAUCUGGAAAGCCCCAGGUUAGGGAAGGUUGUUUCAUCAGAAUUUCACCAUUAGUUAUUACUGUGUUGAAAUUGCUGUUGUAAGCUUGGUGUGAUCUAGGAUCCAUGCCCAGAGCGGCUGGGGUACAAUAAAUCAUUAUCAUAAUCAUCACCAUCCUCCUCCUCAAGGGCCUGACUUUUAGCUUCCAAGGGUCCUCUCCUUAUGAAAGGAUGCAGGUAUACACACACACAGCAAGAAGUGGGGACAGAGGAAAAACAGACAGGUGUAUUUCAAAGCAAUCUGUCCAGGGAUAAAAGAUAGCUCUUUAAUAAGCAUUUGACAUAGACAUGGAUAUUCUUAAAACCACACAUGUUUACUGCCCAGUUACAUAUUAAAACUCAGAGAAAAAUGUUUAGUAAAUAAAACCAAGAGGCAUGUUGCCUGAACACUAUCUACCGUACAUAUUCCAGCCACAACAGGAGAAUCUUUAGAAACUAACUAGAAGAUUCAUCCAUUCCAUCUUCGUUCAAAAGCACUCAAGAGUCCUAUUCACACAAUAUAAUAAACUCACCGAUAAGUGAGGUGGGAUCACACUGGCAGAUCCAGCACCCCAACCUACAUACUCUCAACUGAAUAUCUAAAAGUAAAACAGAGAGCCAAAAUAAAACUUUGUUUUAUAACAGACAACAAGACCUUGUGUAUAUCUAGCAAAGUCCAUCCUAAGCCUCCUGACUGCUCUUCUGCCAGGAAACAUAAAACCUCUAGCUUUAGUUCAGCUUCCAUUACUACAAAUGUUUAAUAUGGACUAUUAUAUGGAAGAAGAAUAUAAAUCCAGAUCAACAUGUCUACAAUUAUUGGUUGCAUUCAUCCUCUUAAUGGCGGUUAUCAUGAGCUGCUUGAGUAUUAGCACUCAACAGUCUAGGUGCUAGCCUAGUUUAGCGGUCAUUAGCAGUGAAUGCCAGCCAACUAAAUGUCCAGCUUCAGAAGCACAUUUAUGCUCUAAUAGCUUGUUAAUAGGCACAGAAGGGGCACGGCAAGAUGAAAGGCGUUCUUGUUGAAUUGUGCUUUUGAGAACGGCACUAGUCUGUCAGAGACAAUUUGGGUCCUUCAAAAGAGGAUCCAGAUAUUCUUGUGUUUACCCAUUAGAUCAUGAUUAGGACUGACAGAAUGGAAUUCCAUACAAAGAGACAGCCAGGUUGAAGUGAAACAUAGGUAAUAUUCAUCAAGUGAUUUUCCGUCACAACUACCUUGGUAUUUAGUCUGUGAUAAGAGGAACAUAUUACUCAGGGGUGGAGAACCUGUUGCUCCCCAGAUGGUAUUCAACUGCAAUUCACAUCAUGCCUGACCUCUACCUAUGCUGACCUGGGCUGUUAAAAAUUUUGAGUCCAACAACUUAUGAAAGGGCAUGGGUUUCUCAUAUAUGACUUAAAAUAUUUUUCUCAACCCUGUGCUUGAAACAGACAUCUUAUAGAACAUAAUCGAAAACUCAGAUGUCAAAUCAACACAAAACCAUCAUUACAAAAGGACUUUAUAGCAUGUCUAUGUAUUAAACACAUUGGAAAAUUCAGAACUGAAGCAGUUCUAGAAUCAAAGGGCUGGAAGAAUCUUAAAGUGGGCAUCAUAGAUUAUAUGUUUGCUAUAAGUAGCACUCAGUAUUGUCCAUGGAUCUUACCUCAAAAAGAAUUUUAUGUCAAAGAAUCCUUAGGAGAAAAUUAGCUUUUAUCAAAGCCUUUUCUGAGAAAAUUUGGGAAAGCAAGUGCUGGGGAUUAUUUCCACCUCUUACUAACCUCCAGGAGCUUCAAGAUCCCAUUGUAUAUUUUAAGCAGUGGCGUAGCAUGGGUUGUCAGCACCCGGGGCAAGGCAAGUAAUUUGCGCCCCCUAACCCGUGAGCCAGGUAGGGGCAGAGAGCUGCGAGUGCGAGCGCCCCCCCCCGAUGUUGCGCCCGGUGCGGCCGGCCCCCCUGCACCCCCACGCUACGCCACUGAUUUUAAGUGAGCAUUAAAUGUCCCCCAGCUCAAGUUUUUUUUUGCAGAAACAUGACUUUCAACAUCAUAUCAGAACUAGGACGCUCUCUUCCUUUAGUCACAUCACAUAUUAGUUUUAGAAUUUACGCAGGUUAUUGGGAAGGGUGAUUGUUGAGAGUGAGGAAGGGUGAAUGUGUCCAGGUGGUGGCUGACUGAGGAAUUUUGGUGGGGACUGAGUUGAAUGGGUCUUGAUUUAUCUGCUUUAUAUACAGUAUUAUUUAAUUUUGGUGUUUAAUUUCCUUUGUAAACUGCUUUAUGAUCGAUUCUGAUAAAAAGUGGUAUACAAAUACUUGAAAUGAAAAGAUAGAAGCAGGAAGGAAUAUGGAACUAGUCAUCUCAAGCCAGAGAUGGUUGUCAGUUUCACAGAAAAAAGUUAGCAGAUAUUCAAACCAUAAUCUUUCUGAUCUUAGUUUUUUCUUACUUUCUGUAUAUAUCCGAUUGGGUCACAUAUUCAGUUCUGAAUAGUUCAGUGUGAUUACCCUGUGGUUAAUAGUUGGCAUGCUAUGAAUCACUUUGUCCAACCAUUGUUUCGAAACAUCUAUUACAAUUAAAUUGUUUUAUUGAUUUGUAGUUUGAGAUUAUCAUUCAUUUGAGAUUAUCUAUUGACUACAGUUGUCAAAUCAGCCCUGGGAAGCCAAAUGUUUGGCCAAAAUUCAGUGAUGUUUGAAGGUUCCCCAAUCUUGUCAGGUAAAUUAUCCAAAGAGACUGCUGGCUGGGGGUUUGAUUUUAUGAAGAACAGCAUCAGCAAACUGAGGAGGCUUCUCGUUUACAUUUGUGUAUUCGUACAAGGAAACAUUCUUUUACUUACAGAAAGCCUUUGGGAGCUCUGUAAGAUCCUUUGAAGAAAUGAAGUUUCUUCAAUUGUAUAAGAUUGUUGGAACUUGAUAACAAGGUGGUCAGGUGAAAUGGAGGACAGAACUUCAACACUUUUAAUAGUGUAGAAGAGGGAAAUUUGGCAGGAACAGCUUAUUAUGCUAGCUACAUGUGCUAGAAUUCCCUCCUCUACACAACUGUUAAUGGUGUAGGAAUCCUGUCCUCUUUUUUACCUGGUCACCAUACUUAAACCAUGGCAUUUGACUUUUGCAUAGUGUUCUAAUUUCCCUUGUCCUGCUCCCAUCAUCAUGUCUGAGGUUUAUCAAUAUAACACCACAGGGACUGCCAUGUGCACGCAUUUAUACAAUAAGUUAAAUUACAGACUGAAGCUGCAAUGCUAUAAACAUGCACCUGGGAGUUGGUCCAUUUGUGGUCAAUAGGACUUACUUCUCAGCAGACAUGAAUAGGAUUGCACUGUAAAAAUCUCCUUUUCGCACUGAAACUCCCUUAGGUCAUUUACUAUGGUUGUGAUCAACUGAAGUUAACUACUUUGAAGUCCCCUUGAUUUGAAUGGGAGAGCUUAGUGUACCUAAAUUUCUCCCAUUGGCAGGACCAUGUUUUCUGUAUUAUCUUAUCAGCACAUAAUGAAAUCAUUCUGCAUGUAUAACUGUUCAUUGUGAAGUCUGUACUGAAAUAAUUGAAAGAGUAGGGACAUCUGCAUGAUAUGGACACAGUUUUAAAAUAUCUGCAGUUGUGACUAAUAUUCUUCAUUGUCAUAAUGAAUGAGAAUAAUGAUUUCAUUUAUGAAUUGCUUACUAUAGGCAUCUUAUAGUAAUAGUCAAUAUUAACCUGGGAGGCGAUUGUAAGAAUUCUCUAGCAUCUUCAAACAUUGUUUUCUUUUCCUCUUCUUCACUAGAUUAGGAAACAGAAUGCCAUUUGAUGGGGCAAGUGAAUCUGAUCAUUCUCAAGGCUCAUUAAAAUCUGAGGCUGACAUUUUGCAAACUACACUACCUGAGAAUGACAAGUUCUAUUAUGAUGUGUACAGAGCUAUGGAUAGGUAAGGCAUUCCUUUUUUUAAAAAUCUAAUAAUCAUUGCAAAUCUGAAUACUGAACUGCUUGUAAUUUCACUGAAGCUUUCUGACCAUUCCUCUCUCCCUCUUUCAUGGUCUUUAAGCUAUGUUUGCAUUACUAGAAUUAUGUGUUUGGAACUGCAAGGAUCCACAUAUCUUUAGCUGCAGUAACUAUGUGGUUGUCUGUACAUUAGCUGUAAAUAUGAAACUAUAUACAAUCUUGAAAAAGUAGGUCACAGCUUUUUACUGUAGGACUUUCAAUUGCAGGAACACAAGACAUGCUGAUGGACUCUUCACAAGUGGCUACAGCAAACUUUUGGGUCAAAUUUCGGCAAGAAAAUAUUUGGAAUCACUUAUAGGAAAAAGAGUUGGGUUAGUAACUAUUACUCCUGUUUCCCAGACUCAGCUGGUUUCCCCUACAUUCCUCUUAAAUACCCACAUUCCACUAUGUUUGAAUUCAAACAUUGAUCAUACGAUCAUCAUGUGUUUGUAUUUUGUUGGCAUCUAUCUUGGGAGACAAUCUUGGAGGAGUGCAACUUUGGGGGUGAAGCUGAACUGCUGGAGAGUGACAGUGCCUGCUGUGGCUGUAGAGACCGAUGUGGGAGAGACAUGUUUUGUUGCACCUGGGGCAGAUGAAGUCAUCUGGUUGUGCUGCUGCAGGUGCACCAUGAUGUUUCUUCUCUCUGCGUUCCUCCCAGCGUUCAUUUCUCUGCUGGUCGCUGCUAGCAGGCCACCCUCAGUGUCUCCAGUGUUCUGAAAGUGAAAUCUGAAAGCCAAGUUUUUAAACUUGGAUAUCCAUAAUUGGUACAAGCUUAUCCAUAACUGGUACAAGCAGUAUGCCAAAUAUGGUGGGAGGGAUGUAGUCUUAACUUUGCUUGCAUAAAAUCCCCGUUCAGUUCCUGAUAUCUCCUGUUGAAGAGUCAAAGAAUCAUAGAGUUGGAAGGGAUCCCAAGGGUCAUCUAGUCCAAUGCAGGAAUCUCAGCUAAAGCAUCCUUGACAGAUAGCAAAGAGACUGCUAGCUGGGAGAGCUACUGACAGUCAAAAGUAUAAAGGCAACUCCAUUUCAUAUUAUGCUGUAUUUUAUCCACCAAGCAUUUGUCACUGCUUGUUUUGCUUGAAAUCAAUGAGAGAUCCAUGCUUAUUUUGCACUGAUUUCAGUGGGGUUUUCAAGCAUGCUUAACAGUGCAGGACAGAACUCAAAAGUGUCUUUUCGAUAUUUAUUACCACCAGACUUGAAUUCUUUUCAGAGUAAAUUUGGUUUAGUCAACUAACUUUUACUCAGAGUAAUCCAUUAUAAUUAAUGGCCAUGGCUAACUUUGGCCCAUGGAUUUCAGUUGGUCUAUUCUGAGCAAACAAUAGAUGAAAACAACUGUAAGAGACAGUUCCAAUGCAAUUCUAUAUAUGCCUACUCAGAAGUAAAACCCAUUGAGUCCAGUGGGGCUUGCUCCCAGGUAAGUGCAUAUAGAAUAGCAAUCUUCCACAGACAUUUUAAGACCAGUGAAGGGAACCUUUGGCCCUCUAAAUAUUAACCAUGGGGCUGGUGGGAUUUGUAGUUCGGCAAAGGUUCCCCACACCUGUGUUAAGAGCAUGGUCAAGAAAUGAGGUCAUUGUAUUAAUGUAGGGAAAAAAAAGUGAGAAUAGACUUUCCAUCAGUUACUUAGCUUUCAAGAAAUACAACCUGUGGGUUUUGAAAUUCUUUCAUUUUGAUUGGCUCGUGUAUUAAUUGCAAGUCUCUUUUAUGUUCAAGAAAUAACACUCCCCUUGAUGAACAGACACCGCCAGUCAAACGCCAUUCAGAUGCUGUCUUUACUGACAACUACAGUCGCUUUCGAAAGCAGAUGGCUGUGAAGAAAUAUUUGAACUCUGUUUUAACUGGGAAAAGAAGGUAGGAAGAAAGAGUGCACAAAAGACAGGUGGUUUUUUUUUUAGAAGUCUCCAGCAGUGACGAGCUAUUAACACAAUCUUCCUUUUAACAUAUAGAAAAGUGCAAGCGACGUUGUAUCACAGCGUCUUUCUUCUGAGGACAAUUUAUAACAAAAAUAGCUUGAAAGAACAAAGAUUGUGUACAGAAAGAAAGGGCAUCACGAUCCAGCCAUAUUUUCCCAUGCUUUCUAUAGAAGGCAUGAUUUAACUAAGAAUGUGAGAACUAACCCGCUUGUUCUCAAGCAGCAAUUACAUAAUUAUUAACUAAAAUGUUCAGCAUUAUGCCUUGAGGUAAACUGAUUUCUAUAAAAGUGCUAUACAUUGUUUUGUAUAAUAAAGCUAGACAGGUUGAAUCAUUUUAAUAAAGGCUAAUGAUGCAAUAAAAUGCAACAAAGGAGAAAGUUUCUAAGAUGAAUUCCAAGAAGUAAAUUAAACUAAAUCUAAGCUUCUGCUCUGCCAGUCAGGAAGAGCUAAACCCAGCCAGCCUUCGGGAUGAAACGGAAUUGCUUGACCCUGCCUUCUCCGAAAACUAUGAUGAUGUCACUGUAGAUGACCUUGAGCUUCUGAAUCACCUCCCAUUGGUAAGUCUGAACAUCUUCCCAACCAGAGUAACCAUCUUACGUUUAUUAUGUGCAUAGUUCAUAUGUGCCACCAGGGUUUUCCAGAAAAUUGCUCUUAAUGACCUGCCUCCCAUAUGACAUUUCUGUGGGAAUCACAUCACAGGAAGAUAAUUGCAUGGAUUAAAUAACGAUAAUAUCUGUGAAGUAUUUCUAAUGAAAAUGAGUGGUUUGAUAGUGUUAAUUUACCUGGCUCACUUGGGUUUUCUCAGAUUGUGUGUGCUAAGGCAUGAAACCCAAACUGACUUGUUUAAUUAGGGUGAAUAGUACUGUGUCUCUGAGGAUAACUACACUGGCAUUUCUUUUAAUUAAAACAAAAAUAAGUCCACCCACAACUUCCUCAUACCUUUCAUGGCCUUCUGAUUAGUUGAAAUCUAAGUUGCUUCUGAAUCUGACCAUCUAGUUAGUGGGUAAGCAUAAAAAGAUUCUUGGCCAGAAGUCUGGUUCAUAUUCAUAUUAGUGACACUCACAUUGUGGGUUGCUAUUUACUAAGGCUGCAGUACGAACACAAGUUACCUGGGAGAAAGCCCCGUUGAAUUCAAAGGAAGUUAUUUAUCUGUAGACAUGGGUAGGAUUGCAGCCUAAGUGGGUGAAAAGAGGCAUUGUGGGAAGGACGUUGACUUCUUAUAUCAGUGAGUACUGAGGAUAAUAUGGGUAGAUGGCAUGCAAUCAGUGUCAAACAUAAAAUGAUUUUUACACUUAUUAGAGUUUGAAUUUGUUGAAGUGAAGUUUUUUUCUGAAGGAGUCCUGUGAAACAUAACUUGAGAGAAAUUAUGCAUUUAUUUAAACCAUGCAUCCCCAUCCAUCAACAGGAGUGGUCCAUUUCAGGAUGCCACUAAGUGUGCUCAGUCUCACUAGACUGUACUUUGGGGUUUUGCCCCCUUUGUUUUUUGUUUAAAAGAAAAAAAACCCACCCCUUUGUUCUUCUGCAUAACUCUAACCAUCCUGCUACUUCUCUCUUGUUUCUACUUUGGCUCCAAUCCUAUUGGGCACUCAACCAUCUGGGUUUGCUAUUAGAGGAAAUGAUGCGUCUUAUCAUUCUUAUCUUAUUUUGCCAUUGAGAUGCUUAAAGACAAGUCCCUAUAUCUUAUUGCAGCUCAUAUUUGGGCAGUUAAAUGACAUUAUUGGCCAUGCCACAAAGAUGAUUUGAUUUACCAUGACAUUUUCCCAAGGAGGACUGCAUUUGUACAAGUUUAUUGUUGUCUACUGGCUAACAGCCCAACAACAUGAGCCACUGUUGAACAACCAGGGGUGGGAAAGCUGUGGCCCACCAGAUGAUGUCAGACUACAAGCCCUUUCAUCCCUGACCAUUGGUGCUGGUGGGAGUUGGAAUUAGCAACAUCUGGAGGUGCCACAGGUUUAUCACCUCUUAUACAAAGCCCACAGCAUUGGAAGAGAGAGCCUUGUCUCUGGCUCCAGAUCUUUCCUGAAAGCAAGUGCAACCAUUAGUGAUGCUGGCAAAGAAUAUGAGGCCCCUGGAUUGAAUAGCCCUGAUAGAAAUACUAGAGGUUUGGAGUUCUGUCCUUAAGCAGGCAAUGGACAAGCAAUUUCAAUAAGUUGCUUUCCAAGACUUAGCCCACGCCCUUGCCCUGGCUUCACUUCCAUCUCCAGAACAUACAACCAAUUCAGUAGGCCAGCAGUAGGGAACAUUUAGCCCACCUGAUGUUGCGGAACUACAACUCCCAUCAGCCCCAGCAAGCAUGGUCAGUGGCCUGGGAUGAUGGGAGUUGUAGUUCAGCAAUAUCUAGAGCACCAAAGGCUGUCCACAGCUGCCACAGACAGUAGGAGAAUAUCCACUGAUUAGGGUCCAGUUCCAGCUACAGUCUUGGCGCUGACAAGACGGAAGUCACAUUUAAAAGGCUUUUAUCCUAUACACUGACCUAACUGGGUACAGUGCCUGUGUUUGCAUAUGGCUGCCACCUGAGCCACACCAGCCCCAAACAUUUUGCUGCCUGAAAUGAUAGACAAAACUGCACUCCUGUUCCCACCCAUUCCACCAGUUGACUUGUACUUCAACAAUGAUGAUGCGAUAGCUUUUUUGCUACACCUGAGGGUGGCCUGCUAGCUUGAGGAGCAUAGAGCACACACAGCUCUAUUCUUCAAGGGAAGGGAAUGCCCUGAGGGCUCAGCAUAAGUGUCACGAAGUGGGAGACUGUUAACAUCAAUUGUAUACCAUCAGAAGCAUUGCAAUAGCAACCAUGGUUCAUUUGAUUUCUUUACCUAUGGUGCAAUCCUAUACAUCUACUCAGAAGUAAGUCCCAAAGAAUUCAAUGGGACUUACUCCCAGGUAAGUAGGCAAAAGACUGAGUGAGUCACUCAGACCCAUUUCUAGCAUAUGCAUUGAGAACUUUUUUAAAAAAUUCAGGAUUACUGUACAAUCUUUUAAUAAGUGUUACCAUCAUUUUCUAAAUUAAUGGUUCUAAAGUACGUGUUAUUUCUCUCUCUCCCUAGAAUGUCUGA